AUGGAAAUAUCAGAAUACUACCUCAUCGUGCCUCGUCUUCGAGAGUUCGACCCGCCCAAGAGCGAGCGAGUGUGCGCGAUUGACCUUGGCGUGCGCAAGUUCAAUCGGGUGCAGCCGCAGAUGCGCCCAGUAGCCGCGAUGCCAAUCAAGAUACGCGAGGAGAAGGCGAUCCCAGGUCAAGGCAAGAUGGCGAUCCAGGAUCGUAGGAAGGAAGCGGGACGGGAUCGUCGAGUGGCAGCGGUCGUGCGCCCCGAAGUGAGCAGCGACUAUGAAGAUCACCGCGCGACGGCGAUCGGGAGACGCCUCAAGACCACGAUUGUGAUCGCGGAUCACCUGGAUCAAGACCCAGAUCUCGAAGAAAAGCCUCGAAUUCCCCUCAUGGCCGCCCCGGUGGACACUGCGGAUAUCGACGAGAGUCUAGAUCCGUACACAACCGACAAGGAAGUGACCAAGUUGAAAUCCAAUUCGUCUACCAAGUCGGCGACCGCGACAAGAUUGUCCAAGAAAAAGAAGCUCAAGGCCGCUCAGACAAAGCUGAAGGCGCCAGAUUCGGAAUCGGAGGACGUGAAUAAGCCGAGAUCGACCGCCGCCAAAGCCAGGAUCGAGCAGGCUUACUACCGGAAGAUCCUGAGCGAGACACGGUUACAUGACCCUGUCCUCGCGAUCAUACAGGUCCGCCAGAUCGGUGAUCUGACAGGCCCGAUAUCCAAGCCCAGCACCAGCUCAAAUAGGCUGAAUGCAGUGAAGAUCCUGCUAGAUCUCCUCCAUGAGGCCGGACUAGUAGCUGGAGAAUUCGAUCCGGGGUCACUGUUCGAGAUGGAACUGGGGGCGAUCCAGGCGGCGACUCAAGAUCUCUUUGACUCGCUCAAGAUCUUGGUCGGCGAACACGUACAAACGCCCGAUCUGAACUACCAGAUCUGGUCGUCACACAACGCGUCGGCCACCUCGGAACCCGAUUUAGAUUCUCCCCGAGCCCCACAACGCAUGUCGCUAGGUCCCUCGGGCGCCAAGUAUCUGAGAUCACGCGUGAUCAACGGCCGCAACAGGCUGGACGAAUACUUCCAGAUGGCGAUGAAUCGAUUCCUGAAGGAACAAAUCCUGGUGACAGUCCAACCACCACCCCUCGGAACGCAGGAUAUCGACAUGGAGUCAGUCGCGCGAUCGUGUGAAAGUCUGCCCGGAUGGGAGGUGGUCAAAGCUAGAUCGGGCUAUCUCGAGAGCCUCACCGUGAACGAAGCAGAAUACAACGGCCUGCUUCUGGGACUCGACAUGCUAGAGGACAUAGAUCGCAAGCGGAUCCGAGGAUGGCCCGAACACCAAGACCUGGUUACCUUAAACCGGGUGGACGAAAUCCUGAUUCCCAAGACCGAGAACCCAGUGGUGCGAAUUGCAGCGGUCACCACCCAAGCUUCUCGAGAGGAAGGCUGGAUCACAGGUAUGAAGAAGUAUCUGAGUGACUCGAUCGCAGACCUCACGCAAGCUGAAGCAAGAUCGUACGGCAAGAUCGGGGUCGACUAUGAGGUGGACGAACAGGAUCUACUCUUCUACUGCCCUCCCACGCCGAGAUCGGGGAAUGAUCGCGAUCGGUUGCUGAGACUGGUAGCUGGUGGAGAUCCGGGUGUAGCUGGCAAGAACUGUGGCGGAUUCGGACCUCGCGUCGUCAGCUUCGCGCUCCAAACCGCGAACCUGCUCCUGCAAGAUCCGAAUCUCCUCCCCGGCCUGGGCAGCUUCCUGGCGCAAACGAUCGCGAUCUGCCUCGGCAUGGUGAAGAUCUUGGCGGGCGGAAAUCGCAUGACGCUCGAAGUCGUUGCGCUCGGUGCGAAGUUGAAGAACUUGGGUGCGGAGGCCGUCGGGAUCUUCGUCGGCGUCGUGGGCGAGGUUCGAGAUCUCGACCUCCAGGUGGGUGAUCUCUUCUCGUUGGCCGUGCUGGAACGCUUCCAUGUCCCGGAUGUCGGAUCGGAGCUGGCGAACUUGCAGAUCAAGAAUAUCUCGAUCCUGGAUGAGGCGAUACCGCGCGAGGUUGCCCUGGCGGAGCUCGAUCUCCAAGGCGACCAACCGCCGACUCUGAUCGGAGGCGUGGGAGCGCUGGAGAGGAGUUCGUCCGAGUCGGCGAAUUGUGGAAUGAGACCUGAAGUGAACCAGGACGAGACGGACCAGGCGACAGAAAUCCCAUUCCAGCCAAGGCAUCAAGUCACCUCUCCAAAAUCCAAGCGUGUGACAACGCCGAUCAAGAUACGCGAGGAGAAGGCGAUCCCAGGUCAAGGCAAGAUGGCGAUCCAGGAUCGUAGGAAGGAAGCGGGACGGGAUCGUCGAGUGGCAGCGGUCGUGCGCCCCGAAGUGAGCAGCGACUAUGAAGAUCACCGCGCGACGGCGAUCGGGAGACGCCUCAAGACCACGAUUGUGAUCGCAGAUCGUGAUCGCCGAUCGACAGAUCCGAGGUAG